AUGACUAGAAUAGCAAAACAGAAAAAUCGUCUAUCUCAACAGCAGAAAACUGAAGAUGCAACACCAUGGGAGGAAAUGAAUCAGAUGAAUGACAUCCACACAUCAGAAGUUAUUAAUUCUUCUGAUAAACAUAAUAAUAAGGUAGACAAACGUACCCAUAACAUGAAGCAAACAAAAAAGCAAAAACAUCGAACCGAAAUAAAUCCAGAAUUUAAAGAGAUAUUACUUAAUCAGCUCAAAACAGGAAAUUUGACAAAUGAUGAAUAUCGUCGACGAAUUAAAAGUGAAUCAAGACGUUUAGAGCGAAAACAAAAACGUGACAUGGCGAAGGUUUGUUUUCGAUGUCGUCAAUCUGGUCAUUCAAUGAAUGAUUGUACUGAACCAAUCGAAGCGGUAGAAAUCGAUAAUCAAAUUAAAAUUGGAACUGGAAUAUGCUAUAAGUGUGGUUCAACAGAACAUCGUGUGAAAAAUUGUCGUGUAAAAGGAGAAUCGUAUGCGUAUGCCACAUGUUUUAUAUGCGGUCAGACAGGACAUUGGUCGAAGCUAUGUCCAAAAAAUCCAAAUGGUAUAUAUCCUAAUGGCGGUUGUUGUAAACAGUGUGGAAGUGUUCAACAUUUCAAACGUGAUUGUCCAAUUUUACUAAAGAAGCAAGGUAUUGAGGAUGAACUAUUAACGUGUCUGACACAAGCAACAAAUAAUAUUGAUGAUGAAUCUAAUCUAACAGUACAAAGUGUGGAAUCAAAGCCGCAAAAAAAAAAGCAAAAAGUUGUGAAAUUUUAA